AUGGCGUCCAGCUCAGGUAUCCUUCAGACCCCUCAGGUCGAGUCUAGCCAGACCAACCCGGCUAUGUCGAAGGAGGAAUCUCAAUUCCUAACCAGCCAGGUGGAGAUCAAGCAGAACAUGACCUCUGGUGGAAAUGCUGCUUUCCACAACUUCAACAACGACUUUGCCCAUGUCGCUGAUGCCAAUGUACGUCGACGACUUGCUCUCGCCGAGAUCGACAAGGCCCCUUUUGGCUGGUACCAUGUUAGGGCCAUCGCCGUCGCAGGAAUCGGCUUCUUCACAGACUCAUACGACAUCUUUGCCAUUGGUCUGGUCACCUCGAUGAUCGGUAUCGUAUACUUCGGCGGCCACAUUUCCUCAGAUCAUGACACAGCUAUCAAAGUCGCCACCUCCUCAGGAACCGUUGUCGGCCAGGUCGGCUUCGGAAUCCUUGCUGAUAUCGUUGGACGCAAGCGCAUGUAUGGUCUGGAGCUGAUGGUCAUCAUCUUCGCGACGCUGGCUCAGUCACUGUCCUCCCAAUCCCCUGGCAUGAGUAUUAUUGGUCUCAUUGUCUUCUGGAGAAUCAUCAUGGGCAUUGGUAUUGGCGGAGACUAUCCUUUGAGCGCGAUCAUCACAUCCGAGUUUGCAACGACGAAGUGGAGAGGCUUCAUGAUGAAUGCCGUCUUCGCAAUGCAGGGACUGGGCCAAUUGGCUGCUGGUCUGAUGCUGUUGAUCGUCACAACUGGUUUCAAGGAGUCUUUGUCUGUGUCCGCCACGGCGUCAGAAUGCUCAACCAACACUGUUUGUGUGACGGCUAUCGACAAGAUGUGGCGAACCAUUGUAGGCUUUGGCGCUGUCCCCGGUGCAAUUGCCCUCUACUUUCGCUUGACCAUCCCGGAAACUCCUCGAUAUACUUUCGACGUUGCUCAAGAUGUUCAGAAAGGAGCUGAAGAUGUUGACACAUAUAGAAAGGGCAAAUGGGGCGAGGGCAAGGUCGACGAGCUGUCUCGAGCUCAGUCCAAGAUCCAGUCCAAGGAGGAGCUUACCGUUCCCAAGGCAUCAUGGAAGGAUUUCUCAGUCCAUUACCGGAAAUGGAAGAACCUCAAAGUCCUCCUUGGCUGUGCUCUCUCCUGGUUCUUCUUGGAUAUUGCUUUCUAUGGUCUCGGUUUGAACAACGCCAUCAUUCUCAACACAAUCGGCUGGUCCGGUGGCAAGGAUGUCUACCACAUCUAUCACAACACCGCCGUUGGUAAUCUCAUCCUGGUGCUAGCUGGAGCCGUCCCGGGCUACUGGGUGUCUGCUGCCCUUGUCGACACUAUCGGCCGCAAGCCGAUCCAGAUUUUCGGCUUCUUCACGCUGACACUGCUCUUUUGCGUGAUCGGUUUCGACUUUUGGAAUCUGUCCGGCGGUGCUCUGAUGGCGCUGUACACAUUGGCUCAGUUCUUCUUCAAUGCCGGGCCGAACUCCACCACCUUCAUCGUUCCUGGAGAGUGCUUCCCCACUCGCUACCGAUCCACUUCGCAUGGCAUAUCCGCUGCUUCUGGCAAGAUGGGUGCGAUCAUAGCUCAGGUCGUAUUCGGACCUCUCAAGACGAUCGGUGCCGACUCAGUCAGGGCUAAGACGGACCCGCGAUAUAGUGCUCCCUGGAUCUCAAACAUUAUGAAGAUCUUCGCUUUGUUCAUGCUUUGCGGUUUCUUCACUUCUUUCCUUAUUCCCGAGACGGCGCGCAAGACGCUCGAGGAGCUUGGCGGCGAGGAUGAGGAUGUUGAGCUUGUCCGGGCAUCAACCCCGACGAGCUCUGAGAGAAUGGCUGAAGAGGGCAAGGCGUAG